CACCAAACCCACAGACCCAUCACCUAAGUCGCCUCCUCGGUCUCUCUCUCUCUCUCUCUCUCUGCCCUCACCCCUCUGUGUCCGUUUGUCUGUGGGUUAUUUGCUCUCACAGAACACUUCCUUUGUACUCAUCAUCCACCAUCAACACACAACAAGGAAAUGCCUGCUCUAAGAUGGGCCGCCAUGGCAAUGUCCAUGGCUCUGCUCCAUCUGUUCUGCUCGGUCACCGAGACCGAAUCAUUCCCCGGGAUGCGCGACCUGGUCGUUGGCUUGCCGGGGCAGCCUCCGGUCGGGUUUGGGCAGUACUCAGGCUAUGUGGCUGUCGAUGGGAGGAAGCAGAGGGCUCUGUUCUACUACUUUGCUGAAGCAGAGCAGGAUCCUGCAACCAAGCCCCUUGUUCUCUGGCUCAAUGGAGGGCCUGGCUGUUCUUCACUGGGGGUUGGAGCAUUCAAUGAGAAUGGACCAUUCAGGCCCAGUGGAGAGGUUUUGGUCAGAAAUGAGUACAGCUGGAACAAAGAAGCAAACAUGUUGUAUUUGGAGACACCAAUUGGGGUUGGUUUCUCCUAUUCAACAGAUACCUCCUCCUAUGAAGCUGUCAAUGACAAGAUUACAGCCAGGGACAAUCUGGUGUUCUUGCAAAGGUGGUUUGUCAAGUUCCCUCAGUACAAAAACAACAGCCUAUUCAUCACAGGAGAGAGCUAUGCUGGUCACUAUGUGCCCCAGUUAGCAGAGCUGAUGCUUCUGUUAAACAAGAAGGAGAAGCUAUUCAACUUGAAGGGCAUUGCUCUGGGCAACCCGGUUUUGGAGUUCGCAACAGAUUUCAACUCGCGGGCAGAGUUUUUCUGGUCCCAUGGACUUAUAUCGGAUUCGACAUACAGGAUGUUCACUUCGGUCUGUAACUAUUCUCGGUACGUGAGUGAAUAUGCCCGAGGCUCAAUCUCUCCUGUGUGCUCCAAGGUGAUGGGACUGGUGACUCAAGAGACCAGCAAGUUCGUGGAUAAUUACGACGUCACUCUCGAUGUUUGCUUAUCUUCCUUGCAUUCUCAGUCCAAACGGCUUAGUCCCCAAGUAAGUCCCAUCCUAUUAGCUAAUUUGGCUUGGGUUAUCACUAGUAAUAGAUUGUUCUUAGUUGGUUUGCAUGUGUCUCUUCAGCGAGUAACCGACGCAAUAGAUGUCUGUAUUGAGGAUGAGACCGUGAAUUAUCUAAACCGACGAGACGUGCAGAGAGCUCUCCAUGCGAGGCUUGUUGGGGUUCGGAGAUGGGAUGUCUGCAGCAAUGUGCUAGAUUAUGAGUUGCUUGACAUGGAAAUACCGACAAUCAUGAUACUGGGCAAGCUCAUCAAGGCAGGCAUCCCUGUACUAGUUUACAGUGGAGACCAAGAUUCUGUCAUCCCACUGACAGGAAGUCGGACACUGAUUCACGGGUUAGCAGAAGAAUUAGGACUAAACGCCACUACAGCCUACAGGGUUUGGUUCGAGGGACAGCAGGUGGGUGGUUGGACUCAAGUCUAUGGGAAUGUUCUGUCAUUUGCAACCAUAAGAGGAGCAUCCCAUGAAGCACCAUUUUCGCAGCCCAAGAGAUCACUUGUUCUUUUCCGAGCUUUCUUACACGGUCAACCGCUACCAGAAGCCUUCUGAUCCAUUUCCGAGCAGCUUUCCCUGUACAAUGAGUCAGUCCAAGCUCCGAAUGUUGAUUUGACCCUGAAGAGAAUUCGUUUUGUUUUUUGGUUUGUUAGCUUUGAGUUUGACCCCAUGGCUGUGAAACAUGUAGAAUUUUGUAAAUUUCUCGAGAGGAAAAGAAGACAAAUAAACAUUAAGAAAGUUUUGCUUCAAUUUUAUGAAUUUUCCUACCAUAUUUGUGUAUACA